AUGGAAGCAGAGCACUGCCUUAACUAUACUAAUAUUGGAUACGCCUGUGACUGUAUUCUGGAGCUCUUUGACGAGCUAGAAAACAGCGAUCUAAACGCGAAACACACUCUAUCAGCGACAGAAGAAAUAACGCAGCUGGAUGGAGGCUUACCCCGCGAUUGCAACAGACCCCGACUAUCAGAAGUCGCCAUGCGCUUCGACCGAUCCUUCGAUGAAAACGUCCAAUACGGAAAUAGCCAACUCACUGCCGAGAAUUAG